GUUUGCCUGGGUGCAAAUAUGGCGGACGAUGGGGAGUCGUUGGAGUCCUGGCUAAACAAAGCUACCAAUCCUUCCAACAGACAGGAAGACUGGGAGUAUAUAAUGGGCUUCUGUGACCAAAUCAAUAAGGAGCUUGAAGGCCCACAAAUAUCCGUUAGAUUGCUGGCUCACAAGAUUCAGUCCCCUCAGGAAUGGGAGGCAAUACAAGCAUUAACAGUUCUAGAGGCCUGUAUGAAGAACUGUGGGCGAAGGUUUCACAAUGAAGUUGGAAAGUUUAGGUUUUUAAAUGAAUUAAUUAAAGUUGUUUCACCUAAAUAUCUAGGAGACAAAGUUUCAGAACAAGUAAAGACAAAAGUAAUCGAGAUGCUGUACAGCUGGACCGUGUCUCUGCCAGAUGAAGCAAAGAUCUGUGAAGCAUAUCAGAUGCUGAAGUCUCAAGGUAUUGUUUUAGCUGAUCCAAAAAUCCCUCUUGAUGCCACACUAAUGCCAUCACCAUCUCCUCGAGCUAAGAACCCUGUGUUUGAUGAUGAGAAGAAGAGCAAGAGAUUGUCAGAGCUGCUAAAGAGCAAGAAGCCUGAAGAUCUGCAAGAGGCUAAUCGACUGAUCAAGAACAUGGUCAAGGAGGAUGAAGUAAGAACACAAAGAGCUACAAAGCAAAGAAGCACACUGGAGGCAGCCAACAACAGCGUCAAACUCCUUAACGAGAUGCUUGCUCACUUCAGUUCAGAAGACUCAACAGUUGGAGACAAGGAGUUGAUUAGGGAGCUGUAUGAUGAUUGUGACAAGCUAAGGCAAACUGUGUUUCAGCUGGCCACUGAGACUGAGGAUAACGACAGCAGCUUGGGAGACAUCCUGCAGGCCAGUGAUGACCUUUCCCACGCCAUUAGCUCCUACAAGAUGAUUGUGGAAGGACAGGCUGUUAAUGGAGAGACUGGAGAUGUACAGCAAACACAGUCAUCUUUCAGACAAGCAGGCAGCAGUCAUAUCAACCAGUCAGAGAUUCUGAUUGACCUGGUGGGUUUGGACAACCAGAGCCUCUCUCCACCAGAGCAGCAACCUCCGAUAUCUUCUUUAUCUCUUCCUGCUGACUUGCUGUGUGGGUCCUCUGCCAGUGACCCUCACAUCCCCAGCUCCAGGACACCCUCGGCAGCAAUUUCUCUUUUGGAUGAGGAGCUUUUAUCUUUAGGUCUCAGUGAACCUGCACCUGAACCGAGGAAAACAGCCGAUGUAAACCAGAGUAAUGAUUUUUCUUCUUUACAGAACUUCAGACAAGAUUUGGAUCUUUUGGAUACCACUUCAUCUUCAGUUUCAGCAUUAUCUACAUCAUCACUUUUUUCCGAUGCCCUUUCAGCAGCAGUUUACUCACCCCAGACUUCUACAACCAACUCCGGCCUAAAUCCCGCUGUCGACAUUUUCCCACUGCCUACUGUUUCAUCAGCACCUUUCUCAUCAUUAUCAGACAUAUUUGCACAGCCUCCUAGCUCAGGACUGGUCACGGCAGCCCCUGCUGCUCUCCCUCAGUGCAUGGUCUCGCCCGCUCACCCAACCUCCCCUGUGACUUCACAUCAAGCCUCUAAUUCAGCAGGAGGGUCACACUCUGCAGAAACUUCUCUCAGUCACAGCCUGCAAGACCUUGCGUUGCUGGACCUGGGCAGUCCUAAAAAUGCUACGGAUGCUGUAUUGGUCAAGAGUAAGGAUCUGAAUGCCCCUGCUGUCUUGUCCUCAAGUCUGGGCGUCCCCUCAACAGCAUCCACCUCUCUGCUCCAAGGAAGGGUACAUGAUGGGUCCAGUCUCCCACCUUCCAGUCACAGGGCAGAUGACAGUCCUCUGUUACGCUCUUUGUCUCCCAUCCUCUCUCUGAGCCAGCCCAGCCCGAGCAGAAGCCAAGAAGUUUCCCUGGCCAAUGUUUUUGUCCCUCUGGAAGCUAUCAAGCCAAGUCAAGUGUGUCCUGUGACAGCAUAUGAUAAAAACGGAGUACGGGUUCUGCUCCAUUUUGCCACUAACAGUCCACCAGGCAGACCUGAUGUUCUGGUGAUGGUGGCAUCCAUGCUUAACACAGCUCCACUGCCUGUCAGGAACAUUGUUCUGCAGGCUGCUGUGCCCAAGACCAUGAAAGUGAAGCUACAACCUCCCUCAGGGACAGAGCUGGUUCCGUUCAACCCAAUUCUUCCUCCUGCUGCCAUCACUCAGGUCAUGCUGCUCGCCAAUCCUCUUAAGGAAAAGGUUCGGAUGAGGUACAAGCUGACAUUUAUGCUGGGGGAGCAACUGCACACAGAAGUGGGAGAGGUGAAUGAGUUUCCACCUGCUGACAGAUGGGGGGCUUUAUAGUCCUUUCACCAGCUGACAUACCAAGACUGCUUUAUCAAUUUAGGCUGUCAGAGCAGCUCUGAAGUCAACAUAAAGGGUAAUAUUAGAAAGCUUCUUGGCAAAAUUUGAUGUACUAUAAACUUCAGUGUACCUUGAAGGAGUUUUCUGCUUGAGAUGCCUCCCAAAAGAAAGGUAACCAAAAUCUUGUAGCAGACAUCCGUUAUGUAACUUUUAUUGCAAUAAAUAAAUAGAAAAAUACAACUCGAUGAGGAAAUACAAACACCAGAAAGACAUCAAAUUUUACUGCCAGAGUGAAGAGAUACGGAGCAUGAACACAUUUUCUGUUGAGAUAAAAUGAGGACGAUGGCUUUGCAGAAAAAAACAUCUGUUAUGUUGAUUAAUGCUGAGUUAUUAACUGUUUUUUUCUGUUAUGCUACCAUUUUUCUUUAAGUGUAUUGUUGAUAUUUACUCCCCCUCCAUUAUAGGGUAAAUGAAUAGAGAAAACUUGCACUUAGCAUAAAUAUUGCAAAAACAGAAUUUGAAGGAGGUUGCAAAGAGGCCCAGCCUUUAUGAAAUACUUGGUGCUUUUAGUAUCUUAAUGCUUCACAGGCAUAGGACUAAAGUAGACAAAAGCAUGUUUUCUAAAAAGCACUAACAGAUUGGCUCUUUAGGUAGCAGUUAAUCUCUUCCAACAAGUCUAACAACUACUACUGAGUACUUUCACAUGUCUCUUUUGUUCUUAUACUGUAUUAAGUCCAACAGUUGUGUUUUCAGAAUUGAAAUAUUUAUUAUCAUAGGCGUAUUUAAUAUUUUGGUUUGGAGAGACGAUUUGUUACUAGUACUGACUGCUCCUGUGGUUGAUGGAAAGUUUUGGUGUUGCAGAAAGAUGGGCACAGAUCUGUAGAGGUGGCAGUAGCAUACAGUAUUCACAUUUAUUUAAAAAUGUGUUACAUAAUACAAUAAAUGUUGGGUUUCAUUGAGUUUAAUGUCAAAGCUGUGCACUAUGGGAAGCAUAUUUGAUUAAACAAUAAUAAUAAUAAUAACUCUGCCAGAUAAAACUGCAGCCUUCUGCCAGUUACAUUAAAUCCUUUAUCUUUUCACUACAUUAACUAUUAAGAGCAAGGACUGUCUUUAUGUCUUCAGUGGAUGGACUAAAAGAGCUGAAGCCACCUGACAAUAAACCCCACCAGACAGAGGCAUAUCGUAUAGUCAGGCAGAAGUUCAUUAAAUUUCAAUGUAUUGCAUUGAGCUUUGACCUCACCUUUGCUGGAUAUAUUUUCUGAACAAAGUUGAAGAAGUGUGUG